CAGCCAAGGUGAGAACACACAAAGCAACAUUACAACACCUCGCCAUGAUAGCGCCCUACCAAUCGCCCCCUCGCAACUGCUAAGCAAAUCACUACAAGAACACCACCACCUUUGCUGCAAUUGAGCAAUCUUCUCCCCCGCCAUGGCCUUCAACAACCAACAGCAGCCGCCCAGAGGCCCCGCGGCCGCUGGAGGUAACCCGGACUUCAACGCCAUGCUCCAGCGCUCCAUGCAGGCGCCGGGCAGCCAACUGCAGCCGCAAAUCUCCGAGCUUCCUCGCGGGCCGUCGCCUGGUAUGGGCUACGAGGGCGUAUACAGUGCCACACCACCACCCCAGCUGUCGCAGCAACAACAACCACAUGGCCCCAACGUGCUCGGCGGAGCGCGUGGCGGUCUUCCGCAGCCGAUACUCCCCGUCGACCUACCACCGCAGGCCUUCUUGACGUCGGCUAUGCUGCUAGACAUGGUGGACAAGAAGGUUGAUGUAUUGCUCCGCGACGAGAAAGAGUAUAUUGGCAUCCUACGUUCCUACGACCAGUUCGCAAACCUUGUUCUCACAGAAUGCUACGAGCGAAUAGCAGCACGCAACCCCGACGUAACACCUUCCUCUGACCCCUCGGUUCCCCGAUGGCUGAUAAACGAUGUCAAGCUCCCCGGCGUCAUGACUGUACGAGGCGAGAAUGUCACCAUAUGCGCGACCGUUGAUCUCGACCGGGAAGAGCAUCCCAGGGGCGCCAAGUUCGCAGAGGAGGAUCAAGUGAGGGCGUUGGCAGCAUCACAAAAAGCAGAGAGGAAGGAGAUAGACUCACGGCGAGCAAAAGCCCUGAGGCAAGCAGGCAUUGAGCCCGGGUUUGGUAUGCAAGGAUGAUCAGUAGGAUUGAGUCUUGUAAGCAUAAAAAAAGGGAAGGGAAAAACAUGUCGAUCAUGAAAUGGAUAAGUGGUAGGCUCAAAAGCCCUGGAUAGCUACGUUGGCUGGUUACAAUAUCAAUGAUACCAGGACGCCAUGUCCACCUGCGAUGAAGCAACACUCCUGAUUUCUUGGCUCCGCUAUUGAGGCAUUUCAGGCAUACAAACACUGUCUCCACAUGAUCGUCAAUAGUACUUG